UACGACAACAACUACGACUACAACAACAACGACAACAACUACAACAACGACAACUACGACAACAACUACGACAACAACAACUACGACAACAACUACGACAACAACAACUACGACAACAGCAUUUCCGGGAAUACGUCGUUUCACACUCAUCUGCGUGUUCGAGUUUCUCACCCCAAAAGUCUGGGGUCCGGUUCAUCAGUGCACCGACUACGUCUACAUCCGGAUGUACACCUACACAUACCACAGGACUUCAGACCAGCGUAUCGAGUUUACGUCGAAGAAACUCGUGGACAAGGAGAAGGACAACAGGAUUGACUGGGACACGAGCUACCAGUACGGCCUAUACUUGUUUAAGGGUGACCAUCAACUCAAGCGCAUUUGGAAGCAGUUUCCUCAAGGCGACCUUUACUUGGGCAUGUGGGGUAUGACGUACCAGCGCAUUCUACUAACAUGUUCAAGGAUCCUGAUAACGGCGUCCUGCUGCCGGGCUGGAAGUUCAUCCAUACGUGUAGUAUCUGGCCAGAUGAAUACGUGAGCCCGACUAAAAUUUUACAUGCCGUCAACUUCCCCGACAUAUUUGGAGUGAGCACGAGCAACACCACGGAAGAACACAACACCGUGUGGUACCAUACCGGUUAUACCGACCCAGUCACUUGGAUCUCUCCUCCAAACCCCAUUAACAGGGCGCACGACGAAACCAGAAGCAUGCUCGACAUCAUUGCCGAUUUCCCCAUGUGGAAACAAAGGUUGAACCAAAGCAAGGUCUGCUUCUCGGUCACUACGUCCAUCAACUACGCGCACGCUACGAGUUUCAACAUCGACUUCCACGAACAAGUCAACAUUUGGCCUUUUGGUGUGGUUCGGUUCCGGCGCUAUAACUUCACAGGUAUAAACGACUAUAGUAAAAAGCUAAACGUGGACGACAUGGACAUGCACUACCGCUUUGAGACCAGGACCCAGUCCCACAUGUGGGAGCAAACAAACGCUGCAGGCAGAUUUACCGUCUUCGUCUACGACAACGCUGACACUCUGGCCCCCAAGAUCGAAAGGCUACUGGAUGCUUGGCCCGGCGACAGGUGCGUCGUUUUCGACGACCUCGGCGAGGACAGCCUGGAAGGCGGAUUCACGUUCGAUAACCAUACGGUAAAGUUCGAAAGAUUCGCGAUGUUCAACGUCGUUUCCGGUGCCAUGAUCAAGAGAUACGGCGGAACCGCCUUUCCGGCCAUGUAUCAUCAGACGGUGCCAAAGUUGAGUGGAUGAGGCUCAGAGCAAACUUGAAGUUAGAAGAAAGAAAGACCCAUUGCCCAAAGAUGA